UUAACAGUUUUAAAAAUUAUAAAAUUAUUUAUUUUAAUAAUUAUUAAAUUAAAUGGUGUUUCGCCAUUUCUUUAAUAUGAUUGGCAAUACAGAAGAUGAUGAAAUGAGCAAAAAGGUUGUCUCUAAUCAAGAUAUUCAAAAUGAAUUUUUAUCUGAACUUGCUUGUAAAGUAAAUAACUAUGACAAUAUUGAUGCAAUAAAUCCAAAAGAAAAAUCAGAUAAUCUUGCAAGAAUUUCUGGAUUUGCCCUUGGAGUUGGGAGUUUGUACAUACAAGAAACUCUGGGCUACCCUUUUAUUGUCUUAAGGAGACAAUGUCAAUUAAACAAUAGAAGUAUUCGAUACCACAUCCUUCCAUUUUCUCUGUUUCCAGUUUUAACUAAAAUUCACCAAAAGCAAGGUUUUGGUGUAUUUUGGAAAGGUUGGGGAAGUUCUUGUUUACUAAAUGGUUCAAUUAUUUUUAUAGAGAUGGUAUUGACUGAAGUGGUCCACAUUCCAAGACAAUCAAAUCCUAAUCAAAUGGAAGCCAAAAAAAAUUGGAAAGCUGUUAUUACACAUGAAUUAUUAAAAGGCCUUAGUUUCUUUGUCACUCUACCAUUGUAUUCUGCAUGCUUUGUAGAUACUGUUCAGACAAAUGCACUUGGAGAAACUCGUUCAGUAUUUGCUUUUUUAGGCGAUGCUUUUCAUCGUCUUGUUGGUUCAUAUACAUCUCGUGGUCACGGACGUCUUCUGCCAAUGUAUACACUGAUAUUUCCGUCGGUUAUUUAUUUUAUGGUUCGUUAUAUAUUGAAGUCAUUUAUAACUUAUCAUUUUAUGCGCAUAAAUAAAAAAAGAUUGAAUAUAGAGGAACAAGUUAGCGAAGAAAGUAUGAAAAAAAUUUAUUACUCGGAGCUAAUGUCAAACAUAUGUGCCUCAUUUCUAACAGAAGUUUUUAUGUUUCCUUUUGAAACAGUGAUUGUUAGAUUACAUCUUCAAGGUACAAGAACAAUAAUUGAUGAUACGGACAAAGGUAUAGGUGUUGUUCCUUUGUGUACAAACUAUGGUAGUGUUAUGGAUUGUAUCAAAACAAUUCGACGGGAGGAGGGUUAUGGUGGAUUUUUUAAAGGUUUUGGUGCAUUAAUUUUACAAUAUGUUGUGCAGAGUGCUAUUGUUAAACUUGUCUGUCCUAUUUAUAAUCAUUUAUAACGUUAAAUAACUAUUAAAUUGUUUUUAUAUUUAA